ACCAUGGGUGGUUCUGGUUCUUGAUUUUUGGUAUCAGAACUAGAAUUGGUACCUGUUUAGUUUUUUUACAGAGUAUGUUUUUAUAUCUUUUAUACUUAUUUUAAUUUGUUUGUGGUUAAUUUACAAUAUUUACCACACAAAAAAGAGUCUAGAGUCUGAUAUAUCUACUAAUAUACAAAGCUAAAGUGAGAAAAUGAAUAGUGCAUUUUCCUGCCAAAAUGUGUGGGCUAUGGAUGGGUCCGAAAUGAUGGUUAAUGACAUGGGUAAUCGCGUAGCAUGGCUGGAAAACAUUGAGAGGGGCCAAACUGUUCUUUCCAUCCACGUUCGAACCAUUCGCGUCUAUGAAGUUGCUUCGUUUGGUAUGAUAGGAGAAUCCUUGGAGGUUGUCUUUCAUGACAAUGAGUUUGUACAAGUUCACGAAGGAGAUAUUGAUUAUAUUGAACCAGAUGAUCCAAUCAAGAGGAGACUGACUGAUGAAUCUUCAACGACCAAGUCCAAAAAAAAGUUCAAACCAUUCAAGCAGGAUGUGGAAUUCGAAUUUGUCCUAUUGGAAGCUCUCGUGUUGGCGAACAGGCCACCACUCCUGCCACACCCUACCGGCCGACCUCCUGUUGGCAACGUCGGCAACCAUCUGCUGGGGGAAGGUCCCGCGGGUCUGCAUGGCAGUUUGCUGAAACCAAAGCUCGACGCCCCGAAAACGGAUGGGUCGGAUCCCCUCCGCUGGCUUUACAAGGUACAAGAAUAUUUCUCUUUUUAUGAUACCCCGCCGACAGAACGGCUACACUGCGUCACGUUGAUGCUGGAAGGGGCGGCAGCCGGUUGAUAUCGUUGGCGGCGAAUCUCUAACGUUAUUCCCAAACAUGCCCACAAUGAGGAAGUAAUCUAGACUUUAGAUCCUCCAAAGAUAAAUUAAAUGCGAAAGUCAGCU